GCAAGGUGAAGGUCAAACGUCGAAAUCGCCUCGCGUGGGCUUUCCCGCAGGUGUUUGUCGUCUGCUAGUGCACCGCUUCGAUCGUCUUCUUCGACUGCAAAAAAAAUAUGGCCUCCCUUGUGUUCAAUCGGCUAAGAUUCCCGCUGUUGCUUUUGUUUCUGCAAAUUGUGUUCAUUGUUUUAUUCGCUAUGUCCGUGGAUUAUGAUGAGAGCGCUCGUCCCGUGGUGGAGUCGAAGGACGGACACAACGAUACGAAACCCGCAGCCGAGCCGAUACAUCAGCCCUUACCGGAAUACUAUCCAAUGUUCCAGGAUGUUCACGUGAUGAUCUUUAUCGGGUUCGGUUUCCUCAUGACGUUCCUCAAGCGUUACGGCUUCAGCGCUGUCGGCCUCAACCUCCUUCUGGCCGCCGUCGCCAUCCAGUGGGCCACGUUAGUCGGCGGCUUCUUCCACGGCCACGGCGGCACCGUGCAUAUCAGCAUCACCAGCAUGUUGACUGCCGACUUCGCUUCCGCCGCGGUCCUCAUCACAUACGGCGCGCUGCUGGGCAAAACUAGUCCCACCCAACUAGUUAUCGUCACCAUCAUAGAAAUCAUUCUCUUCUCCUUCAACGAAUACAUCGGUGUUACAAUGUUCCAGGCUGUAGAUAUCGGAGGGUCCAUGUUCGUGCACGCGUUUGGAGCCUACUUCGGUUUGUCCAUGUCGAGGGUUCUUUACCGCGAAGACGUGGCAAGAUCAAAGAAGGAAGGAUCUGUCUACCACUCCGACAUAUUCUCAAUGAUUGGCACGGUGUUUCUGUGGAUGUUCUGGCCGAGUUUCAACAGCGCGCUCGCCCCCGGCGACGACCAACACCGCGCCGUGCUCAACACCUACUUCGCCCUGGCCGCCUGUUGUGUCGUCACGUUCGCCAUCUCGUCUCUCGUCGACAAGCACGGAAAGUUCGAUAUGGUCCACAUCCAGAACGCAACGCUUGCAGGGGGCGUGGCUGUUGGCACCAGCGCCGACAUGAUGAUUGGUCCAUUUGGAGCGCUUAUCAUUGGCUCAUUGGCGGCUAUCCUUUCAGUCAUUGGCUACAAAUAUAUCUCACCGUGGAUGAACGCCAAGUUGAAGAUACAUGACACGUGUGGCGUUCAUAACCUGCACGGAAUGCCGGCAAUAAUGGCGGGAAUCGCCGGCGCCGGCGGUGCUUUCCUCGCUUCGACAGAACAGUAUGGAUACAGCCUAUACGAGCAGUUCCCCGCCAGAGUCCCGACAGUUAACUCGACGGGUUUGGCUGAAAUCAUGUCGCACGUGAACGUGGAACCGGGACUGGGCCGGAGCGCCAUGGGGCAGGCAGGAUAUCAGUUGGUGGCGCUGGCGGUUACUCUAGCUAUUGCUAUAGUCGGAGGGGUUCUCACAGGCUUUAUCCUGAAAUACAUUCCUGGCUUGGGGCGUCCAAUGGGCGAUAACCUGUUUGAAGACAGCGCCACCUGGGAAAUACCCGAGGAGGACAUACCGGCGGCCAUGUUGGAACUGGAAACUUCUUUCAGACGGGCAAAUGUUUUGCAGGAGAGUGGGCGACCUCUUUUGCAUAAACACGAAAAGGACGGGGCAUCGAUGCCCUGAGACACACAGACACUCCAGGGCCGUGGAUCGGGGGAGAGUGGUGAGGACAGAACCAGCUGCCACCCAACACACCCCCAAAAAACAAAAUGUUAAAAAAAAAAACUGCUAUAGUUUUUAAAGUGACAUUUAAUUUUUUAUUCUACUGGGAGAAGACCGUAACGCUUUGGGCUGAUUCUAUUCUCUUUUUUGUUACCCCCCCCCCCCCCUUUCCCCGGCAUCCACACACCCAUCCCCCCACACACCCCGCUGUUUUGGCUAGGUAUUGCCCUGAAACCAAGAUGUUUUUGUUUUAAAACAAAACAUUUAAAGCUGCCUUUUCAGGGCACAUUUUAGUUCGACGAUACAAACAUGUGAUUCUUUUUCUCUCUCUUUCUUUUUUUUCACAAGAACAGUUUAAACUUGAUGCUGUUUUAAACUAAGAAGCGAGACGUAGCCCAGUGGUAAAGCGCUCACUCGAUGCACGGUCGGUCUGGGAUCGAUCCCGGUCAGUGGGCCCAUUGGGCUACUUCUCGCUCCAGCCAGUGCGCCACGACUGGUAUAUCAAAGGC